AUGGACUUCAAAUACAUUGGUGGUGAAAUGCCUUGGUCUCUACCGUUUGGUGAUCAUUUUCAUUCUGCAGAUUCGCAAAAAGCAGCUGAGCUUGAAAUAAUCGCUCGUCGACAUGGAUUUGAACAACUUAUAGCGUCCCAAAAUCAUUCCAAAUGGUCGAAUGCAGGGGUCUAUUUCACAAAUGAACCAAUCGAUUCGAAUCUAAGCGAACAUCAUCUGACAGAUUCCAAUGAUGGCCAUAAUCAUACAUUCUGCUACCUAUGUUCUGUUAGUUCACAUGUACAUGAGCGAAUGCCACCUCGUGAUAAAUCCCUGAGACGGAAACUUAUUCCAUAUAAGAAUCCAAAAGCUAGAUUAUCAUCAUCGCUGGACCGAUUAGAUAGGCAUUCAUCCGCGGAUUUAGUCUCAUAUCGAUUUGUCGUGCGAACUGGUAAAGAAAAGAAUAGUGGCACAAGAGCUCAGGUAUAUCUAUACAUAUAUGGAACGGAGAAGAAUUGGUCAUCGAUUCAUCUACAUGGUCGAGCGAAUUCAAAUUCUUCGACAUCUAUAGAUGGUUUUCCCAGUGGUUCGAGUCGAACGUUUUGUUUAAAAGGUCCAGAUAUUGGACAACUACAUCAUUUAAAUGUCAAUCUUGUUGGUUCUCGAUCGGAUAAAGAAUGGUUUUUGAAAGAAAUUGAAGUGACCAACCUAACGAAUGGUACGACAUGGUUAUGUGAAUUUAAUUGUUGGUUGCCAAAAACUAAUAGUCAGCAGGUGGAUGAAGUCAGCUUGAGUUCGUCUCCUCGACAUAAAGAUUCAUCUUGUGCAAUUUAUAUUCUUCAAAUUCGUACUGGUGACAAAGCAUUUGCAGGUACUAAUGCAAAUAUUUAUACGACUAUUCAUGGCUCCGAGAAUCGAACGAAUCGGCUACGAUUGACGAAUGAUCGAGUAAAUCUAUUUGAACAAAACCAAUUAGAUACAUUUGCAAUUGUUGGCGAACAUCUCGGAGAUUUACUUGAAAUUAGUCUUGAAUCAGAUAGCAACAAAUUUGCAAGUGAUUGGUACAUAAAAGAAAUGGCGAUGUGGAAAAUCAUUCCAAGCAAGGGUGACCAUCAAUCCCAUGCCUACUUCCCGAUCAAUAAUUGUCUCGGAAAGAAAGUAACAAUAUUGAAAUCCAAACGCGAAACAUAUCCGCUCAUGGAUCGACAUUUGAAGGGUCCGAUUUGUUACCGAAUCCUUGUUAAAACUGGUAAAGCAAUGAAUGCUGGUACAGACGCAAAUGUCUUUUUGAUUAUCUACGGUCAAAAUGGUCGAACAGCUGUUCAUCAACUUAACAAUCGAUCAAAAAACGAUUUCGAACGAAAUACAUCAUCGGAAUUUACGAUUAUGGAUAUUGAUAUAGGAGAAAUACGCCGGAUCAAAAUCUGGCAUGAUAAUUCUAAUCCGAAUUCGGCCUGGUUUCUUGAUUCGGUGUUGAUCGAAAAGAAAUAUUCGACAUGUCAAAUCAUUUCAGACGUUUAUACUCAACGUCUGGAACAAAUCAGUAAAGUUAUCUAUCAUCAAAUAGUUAACGGAAGACAAAAACGUCACUCGUUUGAUCGACAGAACUUAAGAAUUAACGAUGAAGGAUCAAAUGAUCGAUUAGGAAGUGGCCGAGGUAUUCUACGUAGUCCCACGACGUAUGAUCGAGCCAGUUUGCAGAAAAAAGUAACUUGGGAUGAACAAAGUAUUGGUUCCCAGGAUGAUUUAUAUUCAUUGGAAUCACAACGUACGAGGUCAUUGCAGAAUAUAAAUGAACAAAACAAUAAAAGAAUUGAAUCUUUUCAUCGACAAGUCCAUUCGAAUGAUUAUCAAGUCAUCUGGAUAUCAUCGCAUAGCUAUAAGAAUGAUCACUGGACAAUCAAAUCAAUUGAAGAAGGUGACUCGUUUGAUUUAGAUCACACAACACGUUCACUGCUACUUUCCGAUCGAGCAGUAGCGAACAAUAAAAUGAAACAACUAACACGAGAAAAUCACGAUGAAUUCUAUGAAUUCCAAGCGAACCGUUGGUUAGCUAAAGAUAAAGAAGAUGGAAAACUUGAAGUUUAUUUAACGCCAACAUCGACUCAUGGAUCACCAGUCAAACCCGACGCAAGCAUGGAUUUGAAAAAGAAACCGCCGAUCCCAUCCAGUCAACGUUUCGAUAUUCCACGACACAAGUAUGAUCAUACAGAAAAAGGCUCGAAACGUCUCUCCUCAUCUGAUCUUGUGCCUGAUGAAAGAUCUUCACCAAAUACAGCAAACUCACCUGAUGUAAUGAAUGAUGGCGAUGAAGAAUUAUUAGCGAAAUUGACAGGCGAACCCUCGCACCGUCCACGUUCGUCGAUCGGUUCCUUAUCCCCGAUGAGCCAACGUGCCAAAUCUCCACAGAAUAUUAAUGAUCAACGAUCUUCAAUGGAAUUCUCGCGUAAACCAUCGAUUCAACCAAGAUCCACAGUUUCCUCCUUGCCAUCUUCGAGUCAAAAUCUGACUAGCGAUCGUUCUACUCCGCUACGCCACUCUCGUAAUUCAUUAACUCGAACUUUCGAUGAUUCGCCAAGUAACGCUCAAUUAACACCUCGAUUAAACUCAUCAUCUAGCUCACGUCUGAAAACAUCUUCAAGCACGAAUGAAGAAUUACUAGCACAAUUAACCGAAGAACCAAUACCACGUGCUCGAGCAUCAGCUGCUGCUUCCUCCGCAGCAUUGAAUCAACGUAAUAAGUCAUUUCGAAACGAAGAUGAAUCAUCAGACUAUUUGCGUUCACUAACUAAUUCACAUCUAAAGUCAUCACAGAACAAAAACAAUCUUUCCACAUCGCCACUCACUAGUCAAAACUCAUUCGAUAGAAGUGGAAGAGAACGAUUGAGCAAUUCUCGAACAACACUUGGGCCAACAUUGUCAUCAAAUGAACACACGAUACCAGCACGACAUUACAAUGAAUUGACUAGUUCAAGAUCUAAUGAUCAAGAUCUACCAGCAAAAAUAACAACUCCUGAGUCAGUCUUUCGUCCGCGAUCUUCCGCUACGUCAUUGUCACCGUUGAGUCAGCGUGAAAAACCAACACGUUCUAUUGUUAGUCCUCUUCAUUCUUCAAUACAUGAACGCGAAGUGUCAACUAGAAUACCAUCUGGAUCAUCGAAUUAUCCUCGAUCAUCAAUUUCUUCAUUAUCACCAAGCAAUCAACUAUCAAAACAAGGUCAUUCAAACAAUGAAUCCACGAACGUGUCAUCAAUAACGUCAUCGACUGGAUCGCUCUUAAGACCCAAAUCAGCGCGACGUUCUAAUCCUCUCUCUUCUUCGCAAAAAUCUAUUUUCGAUCAAGUAUACAAUUCAGCUUAUGGUACGGCAGCAGCAUCCGAUGAUUUUUGA